AGAUGGAAAGCUGAAGGAAGCAGAUCAAAUUCUUGCUAUUAAUGGACAAGCCCUUGAUCAGACAAUUACACAUCAACAGGCUAUCAGCAUCCUACAGAAAGCAAAAGAUAAUGUCCAGCUAGUUGUGGCCAGGGGCACAUUCCCUCCGCUCAUCAGCCCUGUAGUUUCCCGGUCUCCAUCUGCUGCUAGCACGGUCUCAGCCCAUUCCAACCCGGUUCACUGGCAGCAUGUGGAGACCAUUGAGUUGGUGAACGAUGGCUCAGGUCUGGGAUUUGGGAUAGUGGGAGGAAAGUCAACUGGAGUGAUUGUUAAAACCAUCCUCCCAGGAGGGGUAGCUGAUCAGCAUGGGAGAUUGUGUAGUGGAGACCACAUCCUGAAAAUUGGUGAUACAGACCUAGCUGGAAUGAGCAGUGAGCAGGUGGCACAAGUUCUGAGGCAGUGUGGAAAUCGAGUGAAACUGGUAAUUGCAAGAGGUCCUGUUGAGGAGCCACCUCCACCAGCAGUCCCUCCAGGUACACCAGUACCUAUCUCCACACCAGAGAAACAGGCAGAUGCUUCUGUUGAUAGCUGUGGAGAUGGUGAGAAAUUUAAUGUUGAGCUCACUAAAAACAACCAGGGAUUAGGAAUAACUAUUGCUGGUUACAUUGGAGACAAAACGUCAGAACCUUCUGGUAUUUUUGUGAAAAGCAUUACAAAGGGCAGUGCUGUUGAACAUGAUGGCAGAAUCCAUGUGGGAGAUCAAAUUAUAGUUGUGGAUGGAACAAAUCUUCAGGGUUUUACUAACCAGCAAGCAGUUGAUGUUUUGCGGCACACAGGACAAACGGUUCGGCUCACUUUGAUCAGAAGAGGGCUUAAGCAGGAAAAUCAUAUUCAGCCCCAGGAGGACUUCAAUGCUGCAGCUGAAAAGGACUUACUGUUCCAAACAAUGGAUAGUAGCACAGCCAAAGAUUUCAGUGAAACAGAACAGGGAUCUCCAUCACUGCCAUGCAGCACCAGUGCGGUAAAUACUGGAGAGGAUGUGAAACAACAGGAAACAGAUUUCCAGCUAACUACUACAGAAGAAGCAGCUGCUAAGGCAAAGUGGCAGAGGAUUAUGGGUUCAAAUUAUGAAAUAGUGGUGGCUGUAGUUAACAAAUUUACUGAAAGCAGUGGGUUAGGAAUAAGCCUUGAAGCUACGGUGGGACAUCAUUUCAUCAGAUCUAUCUUGCCGGAAGGGCCAGUUGGACGAAGUGGCAAGCUGUUCAGCGGAGACGAGCUGCUGGAAGUGAAUGAGAUCUCUUUGCUUGGAGAAAACCACAAGGAUGUGGUCAAUAUCUUGAAAGAACUGCCAAUUAAGGUGACAAUGGUGUGCUGUCGUCCAGUGGCUCCCCCCAUCACUCACCCAGAAGUACUGGAGAGUCUAAGUCUGUCUGAAGUUCAGCUCACAGAAAAGGCUCACGUAGAACUUGGGUUCAUUGGCUCCUCGGACACGGAGAGAACCGCUUUGGAAAUAGCUGACGGGGGUCAGAGUAUGGAGGAGGUGCAAAGCUCAUCUUUGGCAAUGUGGGAAGCAGAAGUACAACACAUUGAGCUGGAGAAAGGAAGUACGGGACUUGGAUUUAGCAUAUUGGACUACCAGGAUCCUGUUGAUCCUGCAAACACCGUCAUUGUGAUUCGCUCGUUAGUUCCUGGGGGUGUGGCUGAGCAAGAUGGCAGACUUCUACCUGGAGAUCGGCUUAUGUUUGUCAAUGAUAUAAACUUGGAAAAUGGCAGCCUGGAGGAAGCAGUGCAAGCACUGAAAGGAGCCCCAACAGGAACAGUUAAAAUAGGAGUUGCCAAACCACUGCCUGUGGACUCCGGCGAGGCAGAUCUAGCGGAUGAGUCCACCUUUGAAUCGCAGUAUUCUCUAGAGAGUGACGUCUUCCAGGCUUCAAUGAUAGCUCUGCAUGUCAGUGCCUGUAGCAGUGAGCUGAACUACAGCUUCUCUCUUCCAUUGUCAACUCACAAGUCUGUUGGAGAGGAAUGUUCAAAGGCUGCAGCUGAUACCUGUGCAUCUGACAAGAAUCUCUACAACAUGGAUCCGAAUCAGAGAGUGAGAGGGCAGAAGUCCGUAGUGGGCAAUAGCCUGGAAACUGCUACUGGUUUUACUAAAAAGGAUCUUCUUGAUGUUUCGGAUAUCAACCAGAAUGAAAGUGAAAACACAGCAAUGCGGGCUGGAUCUCAGACAACAGCAGAAACAGCACACAAUACAAGCCUUGCUACUACCAUGCAGUUCAAUCCCAGUGGAAAAGAUCACAUGCUUUUAACGGAAAAGAGAUGCCCAGUAUCUUCGGAGGGAGGUUCCAUAACCCCAGAUUCAGUCAAAAACAUGUAUGAGAAGACUAUCACUAUUGCAAAAGGCAAUUCAAGUCUAGGGAUGACAGUAAGUUCCAAUAAAGAUGGCUCAGGAAUGAUAGUCCGCAGUGUCAUCCAUGGAGGCUCAAUAAGUCGUGAUGGACGGAUUGGUGUGGGGGACUGCAUCCUGUCUAUUAAUGAAGAGUCAACCACUAACUUAACCAAUGCACAAGCCCGGGCUAUGCUAAGGAGGCAUUCGCUCAUUGGACCAGAUAUAAAAUCUUCUCCAGCACCUGCUGAUGAUCAGGCCCUGUGUUAUGU